CAGGUGGAGUUGUUCAAACAAUCGACCAUCCCUCCGUAGGAAAAAGAAAGAUGAGGACCUCCACACGAUCAGGAUGAUACACUAAAGGGGGAAGAAGAGAGACUCGGACAUGCAACGGAAUGCUGUAUUCUGUAAAAUCCAUCUCAUCGUCUCUUCCCUCUCUUCUGCCCCUACCGCCAUUUAUUCCCGUCCCUCCUCGAAAACCCAAUUGUGGGUUCCUUUUUAGCACUGGUUUCGGGUUGCAUCCACGGUCACCGACGAGCUCUAGGUGCUCAUGGAAGAGAAGGAGAUCAGUAGUUGUGAGGGCAGCUUCUAGGGAGUCCCCAUACGAUGUCUUGGGCGUUUCGCCGUCGGCAAGUCCUCAAGAAAUCAAGCGUGCAUAUAGAAAAUUGGCUCUCAAAUACCACCCUGAUGUCAACAAAGAGGCAAAUGCUAAGGAAAAGUUUAUGCGAAUCAAGCAUGCGUACAACACCAUACUGAAUUCCAAGUCCCAGAAAAAGUAUGACUACCAGGAUCGCCAGACGGGAUAUUCAACAAGGAACUACAAUGGGAAUAAACGUGAGGAAGAAGACUUCUAUGGAUUUGGUAACUUUUUGAGAGAUGUCCAAAUAAUGAUAGAGGACUUCUUUAGGGACUUGCAAACAGAGUUCCGCAACUGGGAAGCAAACAUCAAUUCACAAGGCAAGCCCAAAAGCUUGUGGGAAGAAUUGGCGGACAUCGGUGAAGAAUUCGUUGAGUUCUUAGAGAAGGAGCUUAACAUCGAAGAAUCAAAUGCUGACAUGCAGAAUGACACUGCCAAGGAAGCCUGGUCAGACAGGAAAGAGGAGAAGACAAGCAAAAGCAAAAACACGAGUAGCAUCGAAGAAAACAUUGAUGAGAUUGAGGCUGCACUUGCUCAACUGAAAAAGGAGUUGGGUCUAUAAGAGGCAAACCAUUUGAGAGUCGGUUGAAAGGAAGCUCACCUGGAAAGGCUCUCUAAAUUUUCUUCGUCACACCAUCAUGUUUCUCGGAAGCAAUCAAAAGUACAAAUUCUAUU